AUGACUACAGAAACUUCUACGACAACCACAACUGCACCUACUGCUACAACCACAACUGCACCUACUGCUACAACCACAACUGCAGAUCCUACUACAACAUUAGUUGUAGUUUCAAGCACUGCAGCAGCUGAACCUGCAACAACUGUAGGUCCUACUACAACAACUGUAGCUCCUAAAACAGCUACAACUGCAGCAACUACUACAACUGAAGCUACGACAAUAACCACACCUUCCACUACAGCUACAACUGACGGUCCGACAACAACCACACCUACUACGACAGCUACAACUGAAGCUCCUACGACCACAACAAUGACAACUGCAGCUCCUGCGACAACUGGAGCACCUUUUACGACAACUGCAGCACCUACUACGACCACUGCAUCGCCUACUAUGACAACUGUAGCUCCCACAACAACUACUUCUGCAGCUCCUACGACAACUGCAGCUCCUGCGACAACUGCAGUUCCUACGACAACUGCAGCUACUACGACAACUGCAGCACCUACGACAACUGCAGCACCUACUACGACCACUGCAGCGCCUACUACGACAACUGUAGCUCCCACAACAACUACUUCUGCAGCUCCUACGACAACUGCAGCUACUACGACAACUGCAGCACCUACGACAACUGGAGCACCUACUACGACAACAGCAGCACCUACUACAACCACUGCAGCGCCUACUACAACUGAAGCUACGACAACAACCACACCUACUACGACAGCUACAACUGAAGCUCCAACGACCACUACAACGACAACUGCAGCUCCUGCGACAACUGGAGCACCUACUACGACAACUGCAGCACCUACUACGACCACUGCAGCGCCUACUUCAACUGAAGCUACGACAACAACCACACCUACAACGACAACUGCAGCUCCUGCGACAACUGGAGCACCUACUACGACAACUGCAGCACCUACUAUGACCACUGCAGCGCCUACUACGACAACUGUAGCUCCAACAACAACUACUUCUGCAGCUCCUACGACAACCUCAACUGCAACACCUUCUACAACUGCAGCUCCUACAACCACUAUGACUGCAGCAACUACUACGGCAACCUCAACUGCACCUACUGCUACAACCACAACUGCACCUACUGCUACAACCACAACUGCAGAUCCUACUACAACAUCAGUUGUAGUUUCAAGCACUGCAGCAGCUGAACCUGCAACAACUGUAGGUCCUACGACAACAACUGUAGCUCCUAAAACAGCUACAACUGCAGCAACUACUACAACUGAAGCAACGACAAUAACCACACCUUCCACUACAGCUACAACUGACGGUCCGACAACAACCACACCUACUACGACAGCUACAACUGAAGCUCCUACGACCACAACAACGACAACUGCAGCUCCUGCGACAACUGGAGCACCUUUUACGACAACUGCAGCACCUACUACGACCACUGCAUCGCCUACUAUGACAACUGUAACAACUGUAGCUCCAACAACAACUACUUCUGCAGCUCCUACGACAACCUCAACUGCAACACCUUCUACAACUGCAGCUCCUACAACCACUAUGACUGCUGCAGCAACUACUACGACAACCACAACUGCACCUACUGCUACAACCACAACUACAACAACCACACCUUCCACGACAGCUAUAACUGAAGCUACGACAACAACCACACCUACUACGACAGCUACAACGACAACAACCACACCUACUACGACAGCUACAACUGAAGCUCCUACGACCACUACAACAACAACUGCAGCUCCUACUACGACCACUGCAGCGCCUACUACAACUGAAGUUACGACAACAACCACACCUACUAUGACAGCUACAACUGAAGCUCCUACGACCACUACAACGACAACUGCAGCUCCUGCGACAACUGGAGCACCUACUACGACAACUACAGCACCUACUACGACCACUGCAGCGCCUACUACGACAACUGUAGCUCCCACAACAACUACUUCUGCAGCUCCUGCGACAACUGCAGUUCCUACGACAACUGCAGCUACUACGACAACUGUAGCACCUACGACAUCUGCAGCACCUACGACAACUGGAGCACCUACUACGACAACAGCAGCACCUACUACGACCACUGCAGCGCCUACUACAACUGAAGCUACGACAACAACCACACCUACUACGACAGCUACAACUGAAGCUCCUACGACCACUACAACGACUACGACAACAACCACACCUACUACGACAGCUACAACUGAAGCUCCAACGACCACUACAACGACAACUGCAGCUCCUGCGACAACUGGAGCACCUACUACGACAACUGCAGCACCUACUACGACCACUGCAGCGCCUACUUCAACUGAAGCUACGACAACAACCACACCUACAACGACAACUGCAGCUCCUGCGACAACUGGAGCACCUACUACGACAACUGCAGCACCUACUAUGACCACUGCAGCGCCUACUACGACAACUGUAGCUCCAACAACAACUACUUCUGCAGCUCCUACGACAACCUCAACUGCAACACCUUCUACAACUGCAGCUCCUACAACCACUAUGACUGCAGCAACUACUACGGCAACCUCAACUGCACCUACUGCUACAACCACAACUGCACCUACUGCUACAACCACAACUGCAGAUCCUACUACAACCACACCUUCCACUACAGCUACAACUGACGGUCCGACAACAACCACACCUACUACGACAGCUACAACUGAAGCUCCUACGACCACAACAACGACAACUGCAGCUCCUGCGACAACUGGAGCACCUUUUACGACAACUGCAGCACCUACUACGACCACUGCAUCGCCUACUAUGACAACUGUAGCACCUACUACGACCACUGCAGCGCCUACUACGACAACUGUAGCUCCCACAACAACUACUUCUGCAGCUCCUACGACAACUGCAGCUACUCCGACAACUGCAGCACCUACGACAACAGCAGCACCUACUACGACCACUGCAGCGCCUACUACAACUGAAGCUACGACAACAACCACACCUACUACGACAGCUACAACUGAAGCUCCUACGACCACUACAACGACAACUGCAGCUCCUGCGACAACUGGAGCACCUACUACGACAACUGCAGCACCUACUACGACCACUGAAGCGCCUACUACGACAACUGUAGCUCCCACAACAACUACUUCUGCGGCUCCUACGACAACUGCAGCUCCUGCGACAACUGCAGUUCCUACUACAACUGCAGCUACUACGACAACUGGAGCACCUACUACGACAACAGCAGCACCUACUACGACCACUGCAGUGCCUACUACGACAACUGUAGCUCCCACAACAACUACUUCUGCAGCUCCUACGACAACCUCAACUGCAACACCUUCUACAACUGCAGCUCCUACAACCACUAUGACUACACUCCUGCAACAACUGCAGUUCCUACGACAACUGCAGCUACUACGACAACUGCAGCUCCUCUCCUACGACAACCUCAACUGCAACACCUUCUACAACUGCAGCUCCUACAACAACUAUGACUGCAGCAACUACUACGGCAACCUCAACUGCACCUACUGCUACAACCACAACUGCACCUACUGCUACAACCACAACUGCACCUACUGCUACAACCACAACUGCAGAUCCUACUACAACAUCAGUUCUCCUAAAACAGCUACAACUGCAGCAACUACUACAACUGAAGCUGCGACAACAACCACACCUUCCACUACAGCUACAACUGACGGUCCGACAACAACCACACCUACUACGACAGCUACAACUGAAGCUCCUACGACCACAACAAUGACAACUGCAGCUCCUGCGACAACUGGAGCACCUACUACGACAACUGCAGCACCUACUACGACCACUGCAUCGCCUACUAUGACAACUGUAGCUCCCACAACAACUACUUCUGCAGCUCCUACGACAACUGCAGCUCCUGCGACAACUGCAGUUCCAACGACAACUGCAGCUACUACGACAACUGCAGCAACUACGACAACUUCAGCACCUACGACAACUGCAGCACCUACUACGACCACUGCAGCGCCUACUACGACAACUGUAGCUCCCACAACAACUACUUCUGCAGCUCCUACGACAACUGCAGCUCCUGCGACAACUGCAGUUCCUACGACAACUGCAGCUACUACGACAACUGCAGCACCUACGACAACUGGAGCACCUACUACGACAACUGCAGCGCCUACUACGACAACUGUAGCUCCCACAACAACUACUUCUGCAGCUGCUACGACAACCUCAACUUCAACACCUUCUACAACUGCAGCUCCUACAACCACUAUGACUGCUGCAGCAACUACAACGACAACCACAACUACACCUACUGCUACAACCACAACUGCAGAUCCUACUACAACAUCAGUUGUAGUUUCAAGCACUGCAGCAGCUGAACCUGCAACAACUGUAGGUCCUACUACAACAACUGUAGCUCCUAAAACAGCUACAACUACAGCAACUACUACAACUGAAGCUAUGACAACGACCACACCUACUACGACAGCUACAACUGAAGCUCCUACGACCACUACAACGACAACUGCAGCUCCUACUACGACCACUGCAGAGCCUACUACAACUGAAGUUACGACAACAACCACACCUACUAUGACAGCUACAACUGAAGCUCCUAUGACCACUACAACGACAACUGCAGCUCCUGCGACAACUGGAGCACCUACUACGACAACUGCAGCACCUACUACGACCACUGCAGCGCCUACUACGACAACUGUAGCUCCCACAACAACUACUUCUGCAGCUCCUGCAACAACUGCAGUUCCUACGACAACUGGAGGACCUUCUACGACAACUGCAGCACCUACUACGACCACUGCAGCGCCUACUACAACUGAAGCUACGACAACAACCACACCUACUACGACAGCUACAACUGAAGCUCCUACGACCACUACAACGACAACUGCAGCUCCUGCGACAACUGGAGCACCUACUACGACAACUGCAGCACCUACUACGACCACUGCAGCGCCUACUACAACUGAAGCUACAACAACAACCACACCUACUACGACAGCUACAACUGAAGCUCCUACGACCACUACAACGACAAAUGCAGCUCCUGCGACAACUGGAGCACCUACUACGACAACUGCAGCACCUACUACGACCACUACAGGGCCUACUACGACAACUGUAGCUCCCACAACAACUACUUCUGCAGCUCCUACGACAACUGCAGCUCCUGCGACAACUGCAGUUCCUACGACAAUUGCAGCUACUACGACAACUGUAGCACCUACGACAACUGCAGCACCUACGACAACUGGAGCACCUACUACGACAACUGCAGCGCCUACUACGACAACUGUAGCUCCCACAACAACUACUUCUGCAGCUCCUACGACAACCUCAACUGCAACACCUUCUACAACUGCAGCUUCUACAAUCACUAUGACUACAGCAACUACUACGACAACCACAACUGCACCUACUGCUACAACCACAACUGCAGAUCCUACUACAACACUAGUUGUAGUUUCAAGCACUGCAACAGAUGAACCUGCAACAACUGUAGGUCCUACGACAACAACUGUAGCUCCUAAAACAGCUACAACUGCAGCAACUACUACAACUGAAGCUACGACAACAACCACACCUUCCACUACAGCUACAACUGACGGUCCGACAACAACCACACCUACUACGACAGUUACAGCUGAAGCUCCUACGACCACAACAACGACAACUGCAGCUCCUGCGGAAACUGGAGCACCUACUACGACAACUGCAGCACCUACUACGACCACUGCAUCGCCUACUAUGGCAACUCUCCUGCGACAACUGCAGUUCCUACGACAACUGGAGCACCUACUACGACAACUGCAGCACCUACUACGACCACUGCAGCGCCUACUACAACUGAAGCUACGACAACAACCACACCUUCCACUACAGCUACAACUGACGGUCCGACAACAACCACACCUACUACGACAGCUACAACUGAACUGCUACGACAACCUCAACUGCAACACCUUCUACAACUGCAGCUCCUACAACCACUAUGACUGCUGCAGCAACUACUACGACAACCACAACUGCACCUACUGCUACAACCACAACUGCAGAUCCUACUACAACAUCAGUUGUAGUUUCAAGCACUGCAGCAGCUGA